AUGAAGGUUACCGGGUCUCUUCUCGUUGCUUUGUCUGCGCUUAGCGUAGUCUUUGCCCAAGGAACGCUGCCGCCUUCUCCAACGGCAUCUGUCGGAUGCGAGCCACAUGGCGACCAUUGGCACUGUGACGGCCCUGCUGUCCCUUCAACUUCAGCUGCCGCACCAACACCCACGUCUCACGAUGACCAUGACCAUGACCAUGACCAUGACCACGAAGAAACGGUGACCCCAACUAAGCCUAGUCCCACCGAGUCCGUGGGCUGUGAGCCUCACGGAAACCACUGGCACUGUGAUGGGCCGCGCAUCACCUCGACUGAGGCACCUGGUUCUGCUACCGGAACAUCCACCAGAUCUCUCAAGCCAAGUCCAACCGAGUCUGUUGGGUGUGAGCCUCAUGGAGACCACUGGCACUGUGAUGGGCCCCGCAUCACCUCGACUGCACCCGGUUCUGCUACCGAAUCAUCCACCAGAUCUCUCAAGCCAAGUCCAACAGAGUCUGUGGGCUGCGAACCUCACGGUGACCAUUGGCAUUGUGACGGACCCCGCGUCACGUCAACCGCCACAACCAAACCCAGCGUAACGCUCAAGCCUAGCCCAACCGAGUCUGCCAGGUGUGAGCCCCAUGGAGACCACUGGCAUUGCGAUGGGCCACGAGGAACAGGUACUACGCCUCCAGUAUUCACGGGCACCCCUCCACCAGUAUUCACAGGGGCUGCGGGCCAAAUUCGCGCCUCUUUCCCUGGUGUUGCCGGCGUUGUGGCCGCAGUGGCCGCUGUUGCGUGCUAUGCUUAA